UUGUCGUGGAAGUUUAAUUAGCGUAACUGAAAACGCUAGCAACGUUUCAUUUUAGAGGACAUCUCCUGAAGAGAAUUGUGUAUUUGUCUACUGCAUUUAUUUCCUCAGAAUUGUAUUUCCAUAAGCUUUUUGUAUACCUCUUCCCCAGUUAAAAUGAGCGCGGCAGCUUUUCCACCUGCUGAUUUCCGAUCAUCCAAACAUCUCCGUAAAAGAGCGCGAUUUCUAUUAGAGCAUCCCGACCUGGAAAUACCAACUGAUAUUGAGUUCGAAAUUGGUGUGAGUCCAGGAAAGGUCUUCAAGACCCACAAAUUGUUUUUAGCUCUGGUAAGCGCUGUAUUCCAAACACUUUUCUACGGUUCCAUCGAGCUCAAGGAAGAACGAGUAGAAAUCCCGGAUAUUACUCCAGAAGCGUUUCAGAAUCUACUACAUUACGCAUUUACGGAUGACAUAAGCGGCAUAACAAUGCACAAUGUCAUGGACACGUUAUACUGCGCUAAAAAGUACAUGAUCGACAAGCUGAGUCGAGCCUGUCGGGAUUAUGUGCAGUCGCAUCUCACUGCGGACUGCGCAUGCGAUAUCUUCCAACAGGCUCAAGCAAUUGGUGAAAGCGAAUUAGCCACACUGGCUUUAGCUUAAAUAUCGCGAUCCACUAUUGUCGCUAUGCAGAGCGACGCUUUCAUAGAUCUCCCAUUUGAUACUUUGAAGCAGAUUGUGGAUUGUAAGAAUUUGAGCGCUUCGGAACCAGCAGUUUACGAUCAAGUGUGCCGAUGGGCAAAGCAAGAUAUCACUCGUCCAGUGUCUGGUUAUGCUUUGCGCGAAGCGCUCGGUACCAUCUUUCACUCCAUCCGGUUCCCUUUAUUCACGGCUUCUCAGUUAGCUGACGGCCCGGUAGCAGUAAGUUUUUGAAUUGUUGC